GACCAAAACAAAGCCGGCAAUAUUAGAUAUAAGAACACAUUUUUUUAAAAAAAGAUGAAAAUUGUUAUAACAAAAAAAAAAGAAGUUUUGGGCUCUCUUCCUAUUGGGCCGUAGGGCAGGAGAACACCUAAUGUCCUUUCCCUCUCAGCCGUUGCGCUUGAUUAGAGAAAUAACAGACUUUUGUUUCAGCUAAGAUUGAUCGAGAUGGAGUUCUGUCCAACAUGUGGGAACUUGCUGCGUUACGGUCAAUCACAGUUCUUCUGCUCGACAUGUCCUUACAUCGCCCGCAUCGAAAGACAGGUUGAGAUAAAGAAGAAGCAAUUGCUGGUUAAGAAAUCCAUUGACCCUGUUGUGAAGAAAGAUGAUAUCCCAAAAGGACCUGAAACUGAAGCGCCAUGCCCAAGAUGCGGGCACGACAAGGCGUACUUCAAAACAAUGCAGAUUCGUUCAGCGGAUGAGCCAGAAUCGAGAUUUUAUAGAUGCGUCAAGUGCGAGCAAACUUGGCGUGAGGAAUGAUCCCUUUAUACUUUUUUUUUUCCCAGAGAAAGCUAAUCCAUCUAAACAAUAAUUUUGCUCUUUUGAGUUUUUUUGUUGUUGUUGUACCAUUUGGCAAUUUUCGAUAGCUUUCCUUUGUUUUUGGUUUUGGUUUGGGAAUGUUUCUGUGUGAUUUAAGCAGUUUUGAUGUUUGUUUACAGUUUGUUUCUUAUCAACCACGAUGAAACAUUCACCUGAAUCAAAUCUUAUGCAAAAGCUUCACACU